GAAGCGUUUUCUGUGCAAAGUUGUUUCUAUGUUUACAGUUUUGUCGAUGUUUGUUUAUGUUUGUAUAAUUUUGCAGUGCACUGAAUGAAGCAGAAUUCUUUUAGUGAUUUGGUGUUGCUGUCACGUUGGGGGCACAAUUUCUUUUCGGUAACGAAGAUAUUCAGUAUUAUACAGACAUGGUUAAAUUAUCAUUUCGAGCACGAGCUCUUGAUGCAACAAAGCCAAUGCCAAUAUAUUUGGCAGAAGAACUGCCUGAUUUGCCCGAUUAUACUGCAAUUAACAGAGCUGUACCUCAAAUGCCUAGCGGUAUGGAAAAAGAAGAAGAAAGAGAGCAUCAUCUACAAAGAGCAAUAUGCAGUGGGCUUAUUAUUCCAACUCCUGAGGUGCAUGACAUUGGAGACGAAGAAGUAUACAAUGAACUGUACCCAGCAAACUUCGAAAUGCCAAGGCAGCUUAUUAGGAUGCAGCCUAUUGCAAUGGAGCAGGAUGUCAUAGAGUAUGAUAUGGACUCAGAUGACGAGAUAUGGCUUAAACGCACCUCGAAAUUGGAUCUAACACCAGUAAAAUUUGAAGAAAUGAUGGAUAAAUUGGAGAAGGCUUGCGGGCGAACUGUUCUGUCGGCUGCUGAGGCCAAGCGAUUGCUAAAAGAAGACGAAGAUUUAGCUAUUGCUGUUUACGAUUAUUGGUUAAACAAACGGUUGAAAUUGCAGCAGCCGCUAAUACCAAACGUAAAAACAGAACACAGGUUAGGUUCUCUUCCAAACAAUCCCUAUGUAGCUUUUAGAAGAAGGACCGAAAAGAUACAGACAAGGAAAAAUAGGAAAAACGGUGAGACGUCUUAUAAGAAAAUGCUCAAACUGAAAAGAGAUCUCAGCAGAGCUGUCUCUUUGCUUGAGCUUGUUAAACGCCGCGAGAAAACUAAGAAGGAGGGCAUUCGUCUUACUUUCGAGAUAUUUAAAAAGCGUUACGAAGCUAGUGACUUUUCUGGCCAAUUGUUGGAAGAAGUUUCAGCAAUGAAACAAGCACAGCCUAAGUUUACAUCUCCUUUUUCGAGUCAGUUUGGUUUAAGUGCACAUGAUGGUCGUAAAGGAAAGAUGAUUGGAAGUGAUGCAUCUCUUAAAGUCAAGCGACAUUACAAGAAAAGGAAACAUAAAAUGGGAAGCUCAUCAGGUGCAGGGCUUUCGAUUGGUGGUGAUUAUCUUCAUUAUGGUUCCUCAUCAAAACUGCAUGAUAUUGGCACUUCAGGUGAUGAAAUUGAUAGUACAACAGCAAGGACUAUGGCUUUAACAGAAUCAACUGUUUCAGACGAAGAACAAGAUCUCUGUGAAGGCCCUUUUGCUUUCCGUAGGAAGGAAAACUGUUAUUACCAUGCUUCAUUGUGUGGUACCUUCAACAGCCGCAACAGCACGAGUAAAGAUUCGACAGUUGUAUCGAAUGCUGCAGGUAUUAGUAAAAUUCGGUGCAGAGUAGGAAGAGGAGGGAGGAUUAUAUUUGACCGAGGGGAUGUUUUAUCUCUCCAUGAUGACGAUUCAGUGGGACUACUUCCUAACAAUUAUUCAAGUUAUAAGGUGAAACCAUUGUCUGUGUUAAAUUUUAAGACUGAUUCCGAAGUUAGUAGCGAUGAAGAGGAAUGGCUCCCUCGACCAGUGAAUGAUAGUGACAGUGAUACAGUGUUUGUGACCCUGUUGCAGAAAAAUUCAGAUGGUGAAUUCGAUGCAUCAGCAUUUUCUGAUGUAGCAUAUAGUGAACAAGAGGCUUUCACGGAGGACGAAUGUGAAAAUAAAAGUAUUAGUGAUCAGACUGACCCAUUACAAGUGAUUAUAAAUGGUGGAAAGGUGUCCUAUGAAGACAGACUUGUUGACAGAAUAGGCUGUUCAUAUUUCAGUGUAGAUUCAAGACCGAGUGUUGCUAGUGCAUUAACUGCUCCUGUAGCGGUGCUGCCGUCGGCUGAAUCAUAUUCUAGUUCUGCUCUCCCAAUGCAAGAUGUUGCUGUAAAGACUGAAACUCAGCACUAAAAAUUUUUAGUGGUUAUAAUUUUCCCCUUACAGGCCCUUACUACAUUGUUGCACAUCCCCAUGGCUCCCAUGAUUUUAUGAAAACAUUUAUUUAAAAAUAUUCAGGAAUAAAGUUACAAAAUUGUUAUGUUGGUAUUUCAAAAUCUUGGAAGCAUGAAUGCAAGAUUGUGAUAAGUUGAGUAAAAAAUAUGUGCUGUGUUUGAACUUGACAUUGGUUUGCUGCAGAGCAGCUGUUCAAGGAAGCAUGAAAAACAACUCCAGCUUUGUAAAGGCUCUUGUCAAAGAGUAGGAUUUUUUCCCUUGCUCAAAAAUAUGGCUCAUGCUGAAGAGAAAGUUCCUUAUUAUAAUUUUUAAUUUGAUAAUGAACGUUUUUAGUGAUCCAGUAAAACAAGGCAAUUUUAAGUUACAGUUACUCAACACUUACUAAAUUUUAUCGUGUAUUUUAUAGAAAGCAAUUUCAGAUUACAGGUGAAAAUUAAUUGUUAUGUGCAAUGAUGUGUUUAAUCUCUGUGAUUAAUGUGAAAGCUUUAUACUUCUGCGCCACAAUUUUUAUGAUUAUUUUGGCUUUUGAGGGAAAUAUAUUUUUGCAAUGGGAGAAAUAUGAAAUGCGUUACUUACUGACUUUCAUUAAACAUUGUUGACUUAGAGCAAGUGCCAGAAUACAACUGUAAUAAAUAACACAUUGUUCGAUGAUAUUUGAGCUAGGAAAUAAUGACAGCAGAUAAAAAUAGGAUGAAUGAUGGCUUCAGAAACAAAAAAGUCAUGUUCUUAUGGUCUGGACAAACACUAUAAUUGGUAAAUGCAGUUGAGGAAUUUGUGCAUACUGUGUAUUUGUAACAUCAAAACAACAGUUCCGUUCUUGAACAUCAUUUGAUGACAAGCAAUCAAUUGUUGAAAAUACUAAUGCAUGCUGGGGUCUUCAUAUCUAGUCAAUAUAUAAAAGUAUUGUUCUCUACAUUAUGCCCCAUAUUUUACUUUACUUUACACUGUGGGAUCAAUUGUUAUGAAUUUUUCUGUUUGUCACACAAAACUGAAUUCAGUAUUAACUGGAAAGCUUCUGAUUUUUAAAAAUGUGCCUAAGGAAACUUCAAAAUAAAUUUAACAGUGCAAUGUUAUUUGUAUAAUAUGUACUAAAGGUGCGCAGUACUACUUCAUCUGUCAUUUAAUGGUCCUGAAAUAAUUAUUAUUUUGGGUUUUCAGAGCUUUCUAAGUUUUAACAUCUUGGCAGAUUAUUGCAGUAUAGAAAGAUGACAUUUGUGAUUAAUAGAUCUUUGACUUCUAAUUGCAUUGCAUUGCUGUUACAUAGUAGUAGUGCAAUCUGGCAAGAACUGCGAAUUAAAAUGUCAGAGUUUCAAAUGUACGGUGUCAUUAUUUUAUUAACAACUAAUCUCCGAAUAUGCAUACA